AGGGCGAUGGAGAAUGUACCGGAGAACACGAUGGAUGAGGGAAUUGACGAAUUACCAGCAGAAAAUCAACAGAAUGUCGUGGAGAAUGGGUCAAAUGGAGGGGGUAACAUGGAGAAUCUCAGUGGACCGAUUUGUCUUGGGGCGGAUGUCCUGACGGGAUCGUCAAAUGUGCGACAUUCUGCAAAUUUUGCCCCAUUUGGUGCCAUUUCACGGCCUUUGGAUCGGGGUUAUAAGCAUGCAUCGCAUGGAAAUUUGUCUCCGCAGGAGACAUGCAUGGGGGGCAGUGGACCGUAUUCGGGGGCUUUUGGGGGUGAAGAGCAAACCGUGAGUUGUGUAAAUGAAGUGGAUAAUGCCAAAGUUGUGGCUACGGUGACCACAAGCUCCACCAGAUGGAGUUUAUUGCCCUGGGGGCAGCAUACAAGAUCGACUAUUGCAGCUAGUGGUACUUCGGCCACUGCUGCAGAUGUCGGAAAUUCGGGCACAUGCACGGAUGCUGUACUGAGGCCCGGUGAAAUUGUGAUGCGUUCGCUUUUUGCGGAUUUCACGCAGCAGGCUGAGAAGAAGAUUGAAUCGGUGAUGAUUGAAGGAUCUGAGAAGAAUCUGUCGAAACUUCUGCAGAGAGGAGAAGAUAGUCAAUUUGAUCAGUUGCUGUCAGCUCUGGGAUCUGUGGCUGAACACUGUCUGCCAUCGUUGCUGAAUACGUUGCUGGCAUGGCAUAAGCGUCAAUUGUCAGAUGCUGAGAUCAAGAAUGAUCUCAAACGAAUGGAAAAAAUAAAAUCCAGCAUGGAUAUUGAACUUCAGCUGCAGAGAAGAGAAUCUGCAGUUGAGUUCAUCUUCUGUCUGGCUCUCAUUGAAAUCCUCAAACAACUACCCUUUCAUCCUGGACAUGAGGAUAUCAUCAAGAACAUCGAGAAUCUCGCCUUUAAGCACUUCAAAUAUCGCGAAGGAUUGCAGAAUAAUCCCAAUGCUCACAAUAUUCACAUGAUAGCUGAUCUCAAUGCUGAAGUUGUGGGUGUUUUGGCCCAGAGUCGCUUCAGUUCUGUCCGCAAGAGAUUUAUGUCAGAACUGAAGGAGUUGCGUGCCAAGGAACCAAGUCCACAUACAACUCAAAGUAUUAUCAGUCUGCUCAUGGGGAUGAAAUUCUUCAGAGUCAAGAUGGUGCCGAUUGAGGAAUUCGAAGCAUCAUUUCAAUUUAUGCACGAGUGCGCUCAAUAUUUUCUCGAAAUCAAAGACAAGGACAUCAAGCAUGCACUGGCUGGACUUUUUGUGGAAAUUCUCGUUCCUGUAGCUGCUGCCGUAAAGAAUGAGGUGAAUGUGCCAUGUGUGAAGAAUUUUGUGGAUUUGCUAUAUGCACAAACCCUCGAUGCAUGUACAAAGUCCAAGCAUCGUCUGGCACUAUUUCCCCUUGUGACGUGCCUUUUGUGUGUGGCCCAAAAGACCUUCUUCCUCAACAAUUGGCACUAUUUCCUGGCCAUGUGCCUCAGUAACCUGAAGAAUAGGGAUGCAAAGAUGAGUAGAGUGGCCCUUGAGUCACUCUAUCGACUUCUCUGGGUCUAUAUGAUACGAAUUAAGUGUGAAUCAAAUUCGGCAACACAUUCCCGGCUCCAGAGCAUUGUGAAUUCACUGUUUCCGCGUGGAUCGAAGUCUGUGGUACCCAGGGAUACUCCUUUGAAUAUUUUUGUGAAGAUUAUCCAAUUUAUUGCUGCUGAGAGGCUGGACUUUGCCAUGAGGGAGAUUGUGUUUGAGCUAUUGCUCGUUGGGAGGUCGAUUAAGGUGAUAACUACGCCAGAGAGAAUGAGUAUUGGCCUUAGGGCAUUUCUGGUGGUGGCUGAUUCGCUCCAGCAGAAAGAUGGAGAGCCACCCAUGCCGAGAACUGUUGGAGUUCUGCCAAGUGGAAAUACGCUGAGGGUGAAGAAGACAUACUUGAACAAGAUGCUGACAGAGGACACAGCACGCACCAUUGGUAUGUCCAAUUACUUUCCGCACGUUAGGAGAGUAUUUGUAGAUAUGCUACGUGCUCUGGAUGUCCAUUGUGGACGUCCGCUCAUGAUGACCAAUACACAGAAUGUCAACAAGGAACCAGAUGAAUUGCUAACGGAUGAACGAAGACCAAAAAUUGACCUCUUUCGCACAUGUGUUGCCGCAAUUCCACGCCUGAUCCCAGACAAUAUGACUGGUCACGAACUUGUGGAUCUUCUAUCACGUCUUACGGUCCACAUCGAUGAUGAACUGCGUGGUCUGGCGUAUCAAUCUCUCCAGACACUUAUGAUUGACUUCCCGGACUGGAGACAAGAUGUUAUACAUGGCUUCACCCAAUUUCUCGCACGUGACGUUGCCGAUGUCUUCCCACAACUUGUGGAUAAUGGAUUGAGAAUGCUUGUGAUGUUUCUCAAUACAUGGCGAAAUGCCAUUGGGAGCAAUCCAUUGGGAGGGAAUCCUUCUAAUGCCCUCAAUAGCAAGAUGAGCUCAAGUCAUUCCACGAAUACCGUCAAAGAAGCUCCAGGAUUUGUGCAGCAGCAACAACAAAAUAUUGUAGCUAGCACAACAACGUCGAAUUCUAGUGGAAAUUCCAGUGUAAAUUCGAGCGGUGUGUCGAGCAUUACACAGACAACGGCCACGGUUGUUGAUGCCGUGAGGAAAUCCAAUAGCAUUGAGCAACCCCUUGGGACUACAUUUCACCUGGUGGAGGGAUUGGCACUCGUUGUGCUCUGCAAUAGUCGUCCACAGCCACGGAAAUUAGCUGUGCAUAUCAUGAAAGAGGUGAAAAACUUGAAGAAGGCCCUUGGGAUUCCGGAAAAUGAACCUCCGCUAAUUGAUGUCAUAGACAAGUGUUGCCCUUCUUUGAUGGACAAAUGUCUGCAUAUGCUACCACAAGCUGAAAGGACAGCAAUGUUGGCGGCAAAUGUGAUUGAUUUGCAAUGGAUUGCAGAUAGGACGAGUGGAAUUUGGACAGUGGGACAUUCAGAGGAUGCCACAAAGGCUUCAACUCUGACACUCAAUCUGUCCCAGAGUUCACCAAAUCAGCAAUUUGAUCCAUGGACAGUUUUCCUUUUUGGUUUCAUGGAACGUCAUCGAGUCCUGCAGCAAUGUCCAUCUGUUAUUGCUCAGGCAUGGCCUGUUUGUUACCAAAGGGUCACGAGUCUCUAUUCUGUUAUUGAUCCCACUCCUGUGAGUGACAAUCGAGCAUCUCUAUUGAGAAGCUCAGCUCCGCCAAAGAAGAAUCCCCUUGAGAAUCAAAGGGAUUCACUGGCGCAUUUGUGGAAAAAUCAAGUAACUCUGGCUAUGAGAGUUGUUCCGCCCAUUCCAAGUGUUGCCGUACGAUGUGCAUCGCCCGAUUUGAGCCUCAGUCUGCAUGAGCAUUCCGAUUCACGGUCGUUGUCUGAUUCUUUGGAUAACAUACCGUCAAAUGUAUUCGGCCCGGAAGGAAUGAUUACCAGAUUUACUUUGCCUCUGUCGUAUGGAAGGAAAGAUUUUCGUAAUAAACGUCAAGGCUCAUCACCGGAUUCGCUGACUGCGGAUCGAAGUGAUAAAUCCGGUUCGGCAGCUUCAACAUCGCCCGUGGCCCUCUAUAAAUUGGUCGUUCCGCUGUUGCGGUGCGAAGUCACGGAUGUCCGUGAUGCUGCCGUGAAUGCAUUGGGCAUGAUAAAUCACGAUGCCCUGAAGGAUCUCAUGGAUGAAUUGGUGAUUUACAUACGCGAGGCCAUUGAUCGCAAGCAGGAGAAUAUGAGACGCAGGCGACGUCGUGACGCACUUCGAUUGCAAUUAGUGCGUGUGCUGGAGAAGAUUGCCGACAAUGGGACAUAUGGGGUUAGUCCGUGGGUGCUGGAACGUGAAACUAUGUCCCUCCAUCCAACUUUUGUGGAAUACAUUGAUGGGGCUCGGUUGUAUCUUGAGGCGGAAAUCGAUAAGGAGAAUACCAGCAUUAGAGAUGUCAAGACGCAUUUUUGUGACUUUAUACGAAAACUCAUCAAAAAUUUCCCAUUGGAGGUUUGCGGAACACUCCUCUCUCGAGAUCUCAAAAGGAAUUUAUUUAACUUAUUUGCCUCAUGGAGUGGAGAAUUUGCAAAACCUCUUGGUAUUUCACAUAAUUCCGCAUCAUCAGGAAAUUCAGCUGAGGAGGAAAAACUGCAGUUUAGCGCGCUUCAGGCUAUGUCUGUCCUUCUGUGUCGAGGAUUUUGCUUCAAUACUCAGUAUUUGACUGAAGAGGGACUUAUUUACCAUUGGCUCGAUAUGCUGCUGGAAUCCAAAGAUGAAAAGAUCUAUCAGUUGGCUAAAGAUACAGUGGUGCUGCUUUUUGAAUCUAAUCCAGAUAUGGGUCAAUUGCUAGAAUGGGCUAUUGAUCGGUGCUAUACAGCCCAUCCGAGGCAGGCAGAUGCGUGCUUUCUGGCUCUUGCUGCAAUCUUCAGUGCAAGGGAGUAUCCUUGUGAUCAUUAUACAUCUGUUAUAAAUGUAACACUGUUGAUGACAGGAUGUCCUCGAAUAGCUGUUCAUUCUACAGCUAUUCAACUACUUCAAGUGCUUGAUAAGAGAUUCUUUGGCACUGUUGGACCUCUGCAUCCGGAAAAUGAGAAAGAUGAAGAAAGAUUGGGCACCCUUGAUGCUCUCUUGAGCAAUGCUUACUGUCGAUCCCAGAUGUUCCUGUCAAAGCAAAUGGCCCAAUUGCGUCCAGAACUUACAAUGCCCAUGUUUUCGGAGAUUACUCAUCGCUUUCAAACGGCCAGAGCGGAAGUUCGAGUGUCUCUUCUGCAGUGUCUCCUGCCGUGGCUGGAAAAUAUGGAACUUGUUGCCGCAAGUGUACCACCAGCAACUCCGCUCUCUUAUAUUAUGUACUAUCCUGAUACAGGCAAUAAAGGACGCCGAGAGGGUUCAGGAUCAACUGAAGCAACAGAAAUGAUAUUGAACAACCUAUUUUACAUAACAGUUAAGUUUGCAGAUUCCCAUUCACGAGAUAUUGAGGAGCUAUGGGGUACAUUGUGCCAAUUUUGGCAAAACAAUCUCAAAGUUAUACUGCGAUAUUUAGUUAUAAUCUCAGGCAUGGCGCCAACUGAACUUUUACCUUAUGCAAAGAGGGUGGCUCUCUAUUUGGCCAGAACGUGCCCCAAUCGCCUUCUCGAUGAGCUUAUGUCUGAGCUACAAAUUGUGGAAACACUCAAUUGCCUCAUUGAACGAACAGAAACACCCCCAUUUUAUCGAUUGACCAGCAUGAGAAAAGCAUCGAGUCAUUCAGACGGUCCUGCAACUGGCGCUAAUGAUGCUCGUUUGCAGGAGUUGGCUGUCGAGAAGGGGACAAUUCAUACUAAACGCCACAGUGGAGAAGAUCCAAUUAAAACAGGUACUUGCAAAUCUGACAGUGGUCUAAGAUCCUUCUCUACGGGCUAUCGACCACCAAGAGGGAGUGACAAAAUCCGUGCAGCCUCGGGUCCAUCAAUCUUACCCAGACCAGAAGAUGUAAUACCAAAUGAACCAGAGCUGACACAGGAAGAGGGUUUUGAGUUGAGAUCAAACGGAGCACCAGUGGCUCCCCAUCCUCUGCCCAUGCCAGAGUACGGAGGCUAUUUUGCGCCUCUGACGGAAUUUUUGCCGGACAUGAGUUUGCCAAUUAGUGGAUUUCAUCGGUGCAAUGUGGCUGUGAUGCUAUUGACUGAUAUUGUUGUAGAUGGCAUUCCGGGCAUUGAUUGGACACUCCACAUUCCCCUUAUGAUGCACAUUCUUUUCCUGGGCCUGGAUAAUACACGUCCCAUUGUCAGGGAUCAUUGCAAACAUCUUCUGUUGAAUUUGCUAGUGGUUCUGGCGGAGCACAGUGAUCAUUUGAGUGUUGCGAGAAUUUUGCUGAAUAGUGAGACUUUGCGUCUUGGAUUGGGACUUACUGUUCCCACUCUUCCGGUGAUUCAGCACAAUUUCACAGAACCUGACCAGGAAUUCGAUAGUUACUUGUUUGGACCACUAGUGCCACCAGUUGCAGGUCAAGCGGCUCUGACAAGUGGAGGAGCUCCUCCGGAAAACUAUGAAGUACCGCUGAUUGUUACGGAGGAAAAUGCACCACCUCAGCCUGGACCAUCAAUGCCCACGGCUCAUGUUAUCAAGAGUCUCAUUCAAUUCCUUUCGCAUGGAUCAUCCCAGCCACUUUGGAAUUAUGAAGAUAUUACAGCAAAGCUCUGGACAAUUAAAUCAGCUGAACAACUCACAUGUUUCAUCCAUCACAUUCUCAAAGUUUUUUCCGACAGUUACCCCCUGGCCAGAAUUUCUGAGCGAUGGGCACAAACUGCUCUUCAGCUGGGACUCAGCUGUUCCUCACGCCACUACGCCGGACGGAGUUUGCAGGUUUUCCGGGCCCUGAAUGUGCCCAUCAAUUCACGCAUGCUGUCUGACAUCCUUUCGCGCCUUGUGGAGACUGUAGCUGAACAGGGAGAGGAUAUGCAGGGAUAUGUAACUGAAUUAUUGUUGACACUCGAAGCUGCUGUUGACAGCUUGGAUUCAGACUUUAGGCCGCUUGAUGUGAUGAAGGAUAUCUUCAAGAGUACACCCAAUUUAAACAAUAAGGAUGGGGUUAAUAUUGCAGCAGGAAAGAAAUCCCCUUUGGGUGUACCUGGAUCACCAUUGACCACAAAUUUCUCAUCCAACCAGGGCCAUACUCGAAGUACGAGUUAUUCUGUGUCUUAUUGCACACGGAAAACCUCUUCGUCGCCCAAUGAUAAGCAGGUGGAACUGAGAAAUAGAGCAGCUGGUCUCGAGAUGGAGCGAAGUGGUGGAAAGUUCGGUUCAUCCCUAUCGAGAUCAAGAAGUGCUCAAAGUUUGAAACAUCUUGGAGAUACAGGAACGCAAGAUGAUAAAAUGACAAUCUUGGCCCAACUGUUCUGGUUGGCUGUUUCACUCCUGGAGAGUGACUAUGAACAUGAAUUCCUCCUGGCACUGCGUCUACUUAGUCGCGUGCUACAUCGUUUGCCACUCGAUCGACCAGAUGCACGUGACAAAGUCGAAAAGCUCCAGACUCAGCUCAAAUGGACGGGUUAUCCGGGUGUUCAUGCCCUGCUCCUCAAAGGAUGCACACAUUCAUCCACAUACGAACAAACAAUCUCUGUUCUUUCCCAAUUUGCACCUCUCCUCAGUCUCCCAGUUUGUGAUCCCACCCAAAGCUGUGCUUUUCCACUCAAUGUCAUAGCUCUCCUGCCGUACAUGCUACUUCACUAUGAGGAUGCCAAUGAAGUGUGUGUUCGAAGUGCAGAAAACAUCGCUCAGGUUUCAUCAGAGUUGGGCUCCAAAUUGGAGAAUCUGGGUACAGUUAUGAUACUGUACAGUCGCAAAACAUUCAGCAAGGAAUCAUUUCAGUGGACAAAAUGUGUUGUAAAGUAUUUAUAUGACACAUAUGCGCAUAUGGGACUCCACAUGUUGGCAUUCCUAAUUGAGGUAUUGGAAAAGGGUUGGCAACAAGUGCAAUUGCAAGUACUAAGUGUACUUCACUGUAUGCUGCACUAUAUUGAUUUAUCGUCAGCACAAGCACAGCCAAUCAGUGCUGAUUUAUUGAGGGUUAUUGCUAAAUAUUUGGAUAGUGCACAUUGGAAGGAGGCAAUGAAAAUUCUCAAAUUGGUCGUUACGCGUAGUUCAAGUCUUCAGGUUGUACCUCAGGGUCCACCUGAGACCAGUUCAUCGUCCUUUUUCAUGCACAGCAGCUACAGUGAUAGUGAAGUGUUUUACAAGAAAGAAUUGGCAGGGAGAACAAUGGAUUUCACUUUUGAUGUAUCUCAGACGCCACUAAUUGGGCGCAGGAUACUUCUAAAAUCCGAUUCAGAUGCCACAACUUCACUUCAGCAGAGUAUCCAGCAGAAAAAUGGGGGACAAUCGAGUUCUGGAUACCUUGUCCAUGCUGGAACUCCCAAUUCUCCAAGACGCAGUGCAAGUCUCUCCCCUGCCGACACAAUUCCCCUCAGUGGUUGGAAGCGUCCCUGGAUGUCCCAGGGGCGUGUCCGUGAGUGCCUAGUGAAUCUCCUGACCACCUGUGGACAACGAGUUGGUUUGCCCAAGAGUCCAUCGGUGAUCUUCAGUCAAUCUUCGGACUUGAUGGAACGUCAAUCGUCUGCAGCUUCGAGCACAGACGAAACUUCUGGGCCUCAGCAGGAUCUCAGUGGUGGCUCUCGUCGGGAUGAUGGUCAGCCGGACUUUGGGGUGUUCAAGGACUUUGAUUUUCUGGAGUAUGAGAGUGAGAGUAUUGAGGGAGAAUCAACGGACAAUUUCAACUGGGGUGUCCGUCGAAGGCCUCUGUCUGAGGGUGACAGUGAGCCACUGACAGGUUCCAAGCCGCAUUCUCUGGUAGAGGAGAGUCUCAGUGAGAAGACUCCUUUGCCCAGACGAAAGCGUCAUCCGGCUGAUGAUUCCUCAGACGAGGAAGUUGAAUCAGAGUCUCCUCUGGACGAAGAUCAGCGUCCCCUGUUCACAAAGCCCUUCCUCACGGGACCCCCAACAACUCUUAGUCUCCGGGAGCAGCGUCAGAGGAGAGAUUCCGUGUCCAGGAGUGACACUAGUGGAUCAAGUGCUGGAGAUUUGGGUGAUAUUACCCCUUGCAAUGCUUCUCCUCAUUUGCCAGGAUUGAUUUCCUUCCGAGCGCCCAUUAGGGAUGACGGAGAGGAAGCCUGGAGGCAGCAGAUGCAAGUUCUGCUUGUCAAUCAACCCUCUGGACAUGCUCCGGAACUUCUGCAUCAGCUGUAUUUGCUGGUGAGAGAACUUACGGCCAAAACCAUUACAAUUUCGAAGGAAUCCGUGAGAUUCUUCACUGGGAUUGGCCUUCAAAUGGGCAACAGGAUCUCAGUUAUGAUGGAUCUGUUGGCCUCAAAAGGGGAACCACCGAGAGUUUUCCAUCAUCAAGGCAUUGUCACAACUCCAAGACUGUUUGAAACUCUCCGAUUUGGCGUGCUGGAAGUUCAGGAACAUCUUGAGACAUUCUUUGAUCGAAAAGAUCAUGUUCUUGAGUGUCUCGAUUCGGUGAAAACAUCCUGCAAAUUAGCUCUCUUUAGUGAUAUUGAUCUACAAAGUGAAAAUGCCGGUGCAUCGGGCUUUUCAUUUGAUCCCGCAACAGCGGAAAUUCUCAUUGACCUCGGACGUGGUCUGUACAAACUAAUGUUCCAGCUACUUUUGCUGAUUGAGUCAGACAAUAAGAUACUUGUCAGCAUUGUGCAGAAUUUGCGGCAAAAUGAAAAGAUGCAAGACUUCUCAAAGACUCUCACAACAAUCCGCGGAACUUUGCUGCGGUGCAUGGAUGACACUGAGAUGGAUUCCCUAGAUACUUCUACCUCUACUGAGGGUGAAAAUACUCCAACCCCAUCUCCAAGUGUUCCCAUGACUAAUUCUGAGUUUGAGAGUGUUGUAGUGGAAUUGAUUGAGAAUCAGAGGUGGUCAGCAGCUUUGGCUCAUGUUCGGCAACAUCGGCAACUUACAGCCAAUGCACCACCUACAUCUCCUGGUGGGGAAACAUCCCUCAAACUCUGCCACCACCACGAAAGCUGCUCAGCUCCUGAUGACGUUACAUUGAUCAUGAAUAUUUACUCGCAGAGACUCACAAAGGAGCGUCAAGACGUCUACAUAAUUUCAAGACCGGAAAGUGAGCUCACUGAUACAUACACGAUUUUAAUGGAAAAUCUGUAUCAUGUCUCAUCGGCGCUGAAUGCCAUGGAGUUAACGCUGAAGAAUAGCUCAUCGGGAUCAUCAUCGGGAGGUGCAAUUGGUGGUGUCAGUGGUGGUACAUCAAAGGACACGGUGGAUAUUAUAACGACACUCUAGAAUAGGGAAAAGGGGGCCACGAGGCGCAUGAGGAGACGAAGGAGGCGUCACAGGAGGAGGUGUCUCAAUCUCAGCAAAAACCCACAAAAGUAUCUAAUUCCAUUUCGGCGUUUUUCAGACACGAAAGACGAAACAUGAAAAACUUUUUAAUUACAAUACGUAUCCCUAACAACUCUCUUAAAGUGAUAACUCUACAAUACAGAUGAGUUUGUCCCAGUUGUGAACAAGCACCUUUUGAGAGGUAAAUUUUUACAUUAUUUUUCUUCUAAUCUAUUCUUCAACAAUUUUCAUAAUUUUACUUUUUAUCAUUGAAAAUUCCGUCACGUUUUAUUUAAUUACUUUAGAAUUAUAGCCUUUUCAUGAGGAUUUUUUUUAAAUGUGUAUUUUAAAAUAUUCUAAUUAUUCAACUGAACUGAGUGAAUAGAUAUUUAAGUAGUGAAAUAUAACUUGAAUAAAGUAUUUCUUAUAGAGAACAGAAA